AUGUUAGGCACUGAUAUGAUGAUUGUGUUUUUACUACUUAUUUCGACAUUAGUUUCAUCAUCAUCUUCAAUCAAAGAUCCGAUACCAUUUGGAAAUGAUCGAUUAAAUGAUUUUUUCUUUGUUAAAAAUGGUACUAUAUUUCAUCAGUUUAAUCAUGGAGCUUAUGGCGGUACAGCAAAAAUUGUUGUUGAAUCACAAUAUAAAUAUGUUGAACAAAUGGAAUCUUCUAUUCGUGAAUGGAUGAAUGGUGCUACAGGAUAUCGUAAAUGUAUAAUAUCAGCUAAACAACGAUUAGCAGAAAUGAUGAAUAUUAAAAAUACAUCGGAUACUGUAUUAGUUGAUAAUGCAAGCGAAGGAAUUAAUGCUAUUAUUAGAAAUUUAGAUCCACCAUUAGGAUCAUCAGAUUAUAUUUUAGAUUUAUCAACUGCUUAUGGUCCAUUUAAAGGCUUAUAUCAAUGGUUAGGUUCACGUUAUGGUGUUAAAACAUUGGAAGUGCCUAUUCAAUGGCCAGUUACAGGUCCUGAAUCUUUUAUUCAACCAAUAACUGCUGCAUUAGAAGCUAAUGCAUCUUCAAUCAAUAUUCGUGUUGCUAUAUUUAGUCAUGUAUCUGCAUAUCCUGCCGUUAUAUUACCAGUAAAACAAUUAGUAGAAAUAUUUCAUCGAUAUAAUAUUCCUGUUAUUGUUGAUGGAGCACAUGCACUUGGAAAUAUUGAAAUUAAUAUUGAAGAUAUGUCUAAUAUUGAUUAUUAUUUUACUAAUACACAUAAAUGGUUAUAUUCAAGUAAAAGUAGUGCAAUACUCUAUG